GUUGACUGGGUUCGGGCCGGGUUCGGGUUUAAACCCGGUGACUGUUUGGGUGGGUUGGGGCGGGUUCGGCCCCUCUCCUUUCUCCCAAAGACUGUUGCCGCCCCUCUCCCUUCGCAAAUCGCGAUCUCCAGUCAUCCCUACCAGAACCAGAGUCCAGUCUCCAGUCUGGCACGGCGAACUCUCCUACGCGGCCGCCGCGCCUACGACUCCACUCCCGAUUCCGUCCCGGCGAACUCUCCUUUCUCCUCUGCUACGCGGCCGCGCCUCCGACUCCUCUCCCGAUUUCAGACUUCAGUCACGACGCCCUCUCCCUGCUCCUUGGCGCACGCCUCCGACUCCACUCCCGCC